AUGUUCCUGCGUACGUACCGCCGCUCUCCUCAGCGGCGGCUGCUAAGGGCUCUCCUGUUCAUCCUCGGAGUCUUGUUCCUCCUUGACCUGCUCACAAUCCUUAAACAUUACCGCGAGUUCUCCAGAAACCUCCUUACACAUACGUACACGGAGUUAUCGACCCUGCCGUCGCCUUUGCAGAACCAGAAGAUCUUUAUCUGUGCCCAGUUCUGGACCAAUGCGAAAGUCAUUCACGAGCGCUGGGGCCAGGCCCUGCUGGAUCUUGUCGAAGUCCUGGGCAAGGACAACGUGCACGUGAGCAUAUACGAGAGUGGGAGUCUGGACAAUACGAAGGAGAUCCUCGGGUAUCUGGAUAAGGCCCUCGACGACCACAAAAUUCCGCGCACUGUGGUCCUCGACCCUACCACGCACGCCGAUGAGAUCGCUGCCGGUCCCCUCGACGAACAGGGCAACCCGCGCCCAGGCUGGAUACAGACCCCAACAGCAGGUGCUGGGAAGGAACUGAGACGCAUCCCGUACCUUGCGCGGCUACGGAACAAGGCCAUGCAGCCUCUCAUCGAUAUGCAUUCCAAGGGCCACAACUUCGAUAAGAUUUUAUUUCUUAAUGAUGUCGUGUUUCGACCCAGCGACGUCCUCUCUCUGCUCGCCACAAACCAAGGCUCGUUCUCGGCCGCUUGUGCUCUCGACUUUUAUUCGCCGCCUGCAUAUUACGACACUUUCGUGCUAAGGGAUAGCGAAGGAGAUGGUACAAUCAUGGCUUCUUUCCCAUACUUCCGCUCCUUGGACUCUCGGCAAGCAUUGCUUGAGGGUCGCGCCGCUAGAGUCAGCUCAUGCUGGAAUGGUAUGAUCACAAUGGACACUACUCCGUUCUACGAGGGUCUGCGGUUUCGUCCGUUAGCCGACAGUCUGGCUUCAAAGCAUGUCGAAGCCAGCGAAUGUUGUUUGAUCCAUACUGACCUGGCCUCCAUGAGCCUUGCAAGCGGUGGCAUAUACCUGAACCCCGCUGUGCGGGUGGGUUACACUGUUGAGGCAUACAAUCUGACUCAUUUCCAACCCGGAAACACGUUUGUGUCGUCAACCCAAUAUGUUAUGGGAAUGUGGCUGAACCGCAUCAAGCGGAAUAUCACUCCUCGAGUGACUUCUCAGGUGAAAGAAGUGGCGAGGAAAUUGGAGCAAUGGAAGGCCGAAGGUGCGAAUUCUCUUGAGAAACGGGAGGAGACUGGUCAGAUGUGCAUUAUUCCGGAACAGCACAUCUUGACCUGGAAUGGCUGGAAGCAUACGUGA